AUGCAUUGCGGAAAGCGUGCACUUAGCGCCAUAUCCAUCUCUUGUUCUGACAUCCAAUUUCCAAGAAGACCUUUAACGCCAGGCUUCGGAGUCGGUAUGGUCUCGCUUCGCUGUCGAGUAGAGAUGAAUGUCUUUGAUUCGACUCUGGCUACGUCGGCUGGAUCCGUUCGCGCAAGCCAGCAAUUUUUGUAUGCACUUAGUCGUUUUAUGGCACCUUAA